UACCGGGAACGUGAGUUGAGGUAGCCGUCGCUUUAGAUAAGGCCAGCUACAGACGUAGUGCUUCGCAUUGUGAGGAAACACUUCGUUCCAGCAGCCACGUAGAGGAAAAUAUGCGCAGAUAGCAGGGCCGUCUGUAUAUAUCUGAAAUAUAGUGCAGAAGAACUCGUAAAAAAGGACGGCUAUCAUCUGUCAUACUGCCUUCAGCAGAGAUGGGGUACACCAAGACCGUCCAAGGCAUCAGGGUCACGUACUUUUUCCCCGAUGACGCCGUUCUUUCGGCUCUGUCUUACGAGCCGCGUCCAGGGGACAUUUUCGUCGCCACAUAUCCAAAGUGUGGAACGACUUGGGCUCAGUACAUAGCCUACGGCAUCUUUUACGAAGGUGUGCCACCGACAAGACUUGAGCAGUUCUUGGCUGCAUCACCUUUUCUAGAGCUUUUUGGUGCCGAUGCCGUGGAUACUAUGUCUAAGCCAGGCACCAUCAAGACUCACCUUCCUUGUGAAAAAGUAAGAUUUUCGUCGCACGCCAAGUACAUCUACGUCGCCAGAAACCCUUACGACGUCUGCGUCUCUGCCUAUCAUCACGUCCGGACACAGACGCCUACCGAAGAUGAGCAUGUCGUCUCCUUCGACGAGCACGUCAAGGGCUUUGUGUCCGGCAGCGGCAGCUACGGAUGCUACUUAAAAGACAGCCUCGUUCCCUGGUACACUCGAAGACACGAGAAUAACAUCCUCUUCCUGACGUACGAGGAGCUACACGCUGACACCAAGCUGCAGGUGAAGAGGAUGGCCGAAUUCUUAGGUCCCGAGUAUGGCCGACGCGCAUCCAGAGAUCCUUCCAUGCUGCAGCGCGUGGUCGAAAUGACAUCGAAAGAGCGCAUGCGCCCAUUCUUCAAGGACUUUCUCAUGGCCAACAUCGACUUGGCCGUAGAAUACAGGAAACGUAAAAACGUUCCCGUCCCCCAAGAGCUGGAGGACGCGCUGAAAUUCUUCACAAGCCACCCACCUAGACACGAGUUUGUGCGUCAAGGUUCUGUCGGGGGUUACAAAAAUUUCCUUUCCGAGAAUCAGAGAAGGACACUCGAAGAGUGGAUUUCGGCGAGCACAUGCGGAAGUGACGUCAUGUGUCUUUGGUCCAAUGUUGUCCUUCCGUAAUACGCUAGGGUCUUUCGUAAUAGAGUAGUGCUUUUCGUCCUCCCAGAGCAGAUGCUCAAGAAAGAUCCGUAAAGCUGGAUGCAGGACCGGGGUAUUUCAUCGCCAAUCAUUGCCGAAGGUGUCAAUGCUAUGUGUCUAUGCACGUCACAGGAACUCUCGGCCACUGCUGGCUUUAAUACAGUCUAUUAGCACUUGAAGACAUUGCAUGCAAUGAGAAGGGCACAAUCGCGUUAGGAUUACUUCAGUUCGUAGCUGAAGUACGAAAAUAUCGGAACGUGGGUAGAGUUGGGACUUUAUCCAACUUGGGAAGCAGGCCAAUUAACUUCCCGGAAGUUAGGGUUUACGAGCGUGCGAGAUAGAUUUAGGUUUUUUUUUUUUGCCCUAUUUUCCACCCACAUUUUCACAGCUUUGGUAAGCCUUCAUUGAAAGCCUAGCGUCCUUCUGAUAUUCUGCAUCACUGCACAAUUUUUUUACUGCUUCAUUAGAUGGUACUCCACUUGGUCAACCGACUGGCCCUCCUUUCCACUUGAAAAGUCCGUAAGAAAGCUUUUGCACAGCUCGAUUUCGACGUCUGCAAUACCCAAAUAAUGUAUUUCCCUAUUCGCAGUGCAUUUCAUUCUUGAUUUGCCCAUCGUGACCGCACACAAAGGACGGAAAUGAGACAAGAGCUUGUUUCCGUCGUGUCUUUCCGCCCUUUGACUGCACGCUAGGGAAUGCAAACUAGCCCGGUCUCACACCUCGUUUCAUUCAUCUGGUUUCGAGCCACAUAUCUCGUCUAAGUCUUACAUUGCAGGGAAAUAUAAUUAUCAUUCAAAGAUGUUUGAGUGCGUGUACCGUUUACAUGUUUAUGCACGUUUAAACAGCCCGACCACUAAGCUAUCACCGCGUGUAAAGCAACAUCACAAUGCAUGCACACAGAGUUUUCUGUCUGAUCGCCCGCUACAAAGGGCAAGGCACCAAUAACGAUCAUCAACAUCAACAAAUUUCCUCCGACGUGCUCAGGCUGCGCCUAGCAAUGCACAAGGGGUCCCUGGCUGAGAUUAUUAUGGAAGUCCCGGGCCGGGCCCGGCCACGGUACCACGAGCCCGGACUGGGCUCGGGCUUCAUAGAGCGCGCCUGGGCCGUAAAAUCAUGUCCAUGCAGUGCUCUACUACUACGGGGUCCCAGACGAGCACGUUUGCCCGACGCCACGGUGGCGCCGUAGUUGUGGCUGCCUAAAGGUGGGCCUAGUGCAUGCGUCAUUAGGCACGUGACGGCGCAGUCAAUGGGGUGGAGGUAGUACCACGUCAUGAGUGCAUCAAAUAGGCGCGUUCAUGACGUUCUGAGGCCUGCAAACGCUAUAACGCUUUCGCAUUCCGGCAUGUAAGCAGUCCUAAGUGUCUCUGUCAAAUUUUGGCUCAGUUCCAGUUUGAGAAACUGAUAUUACGUCGACAAUUUCGCUUUUCGUCACGCGUAUCGCCACGACCUUUUUCUCCUUAUUCGCCAUUCCCCCGCAGAUAGUGAAUUGCUCGCUGGCGCAAUCACAUCUGGAACAAUGGCUCGCUGUAAUUGUCAAUAAACGGUUUCUCACUC